AUGGGGAACAUCCUGAGGUCCCUUCAGCCCCAGCAGCAGCAGCAGCAGGAACCUCUGGAUCCCCAUGGCCUCGCGCCGGACGCCGCCGCCAUUGCCGCCCUGACGCGCGACCUCGGCAGCUUUGAAUCCUCAUCCAUGGUUCCGGAAGGGCUCGGACAGCACGUCACUUCGUCCAAGAAAGCACAGAUUAAUUGGUACAAGUGUAUUUUGGAAGCAUACAGGAAUGCAACCCCACCGAGAACACCAGCAGAGGCUGCCCAGCUAGUUGCGACAGCCCUAAACUGGAUCCCAAGAGUUGAUUUGGAGUGCUUUACAUCAGCAUGGACAAAUGCUGUUUCUCAUAAUCACUAUGGUUCUCAGGUUAAUGCAAAGUGCAUUGGAGAUGGUGAUGGCUUUACUGCUUAUGUUGCUGUAAUGGAUGAUCCCAGGGAGUCAGAAAAUGUACCACAAAAAGUGUAUGAGAUGGUGACUGAAAGGACUCAAGCACGUAUCCGUAGGGAUUACGACAGGGCUGAUACUCUUCGAAGUACCAUUGACGAAGCUGGAUACAAGAUAAUAAUCCGUUCAGGCAGUGAGAUCCUUGCAAGGAAAUACCGAAUCAGAAUGAGGGGAAUAGAUGCACCGGAGCUGAAGAUGCCGUAUGGAAAGGAAUCAAAGGAUGCUUUGGUGAAGCUCAUUGGUGGGAAAAGCAGCAGAAUUUAUGUGUAUGAGCAGGACCAAUUUGGCCGAUAUGUUGGCGACAUCUAUUGCGACAGUGUGUUCAUCCAGGAGCAGAUGCUGAAGAAUGGUCAUGCAUGGUAUUUCAAAAAUUAUGAUUCACGGCGAGAGUUUCUUGAAUGGGAGAGAAAGGCAAGAGCUGCAUGCCAAGGUUUUUGGGCGUUAAAUAACCCUGAGAAGCCGUGGGACUGGAGAAGAGACGAGCGCAAUGGAAGACACAUCACCACUGAGGUCUAUUAA